AUGGGAACGGCGAGGCCCCUGCGCGCACCGCCCGGCCCCGCUGCCUGCGGCCCCGCCGGGCUGGGCGCCGGGAGCCGCCCCGCGCUUCGCUUCCCCGCUCCGCUCUCAGACGUUGCGAAACACCGUCGCUUCUCCUUUCUAACAAAAGCUGACAAUGAAGAGCCCAAGCAGAGGCUAUGGGACCUGGAGAAGGUGCUGGAGCAGGCACAGAAUGACAAGGAGGACAUUCAUGAAGAAAUGAGCCAGCAAUACAAGGUGCUGCAGCAGCAGACAGCAGCCCACAGCCAGCGCCUGGCAGCGAGGGUGAAAUACCUGCAGGAGCAGCUCGCCACCAGGCUCCAGGAGGGUAAGCAGACCCAGCAAAUUGCCACCCAGGCACUUGCAGAGAGGGACAGGGCCAUUGCCCAGCUGCAGGACAAGCUCUAUGCCAUGGAGAGGGAGUAUGAGAAGAUCCUCCAUGGUAACCUGGAUCUUGUGCUGGCCAAGAUGGCAGAGGCCAGCUAGCACUGGGAAGAGGUAGGCAAGACCAUUGCCAUGGAGCACAAGGAGUGCCUGCAAGAGUUUGGCCUCAACCCCCUGGAGAUAUAA